UGCCCUUUUCUUAGAUUUUCAGGCAGUCUGCCGUCAUUAAACCGUCCAUUUUCCACACUUAUGUCGCAAAUGAGUCAAUGUCUGGUGACUGAUGUAAACAUUUUUUGUUUUCUGUCACCGUAAAAGUGGAAUUGUGUAUUUGUAGGAAUAGGAAACCUGCCUGUCCGACAGAACUCAGGGUGUAUUUUUACUCAUAUCAAACUACGGUGGCCGUUGGGGAUCAGUAUACCUCCGCGAACUGGAGUAUGAAUGAGCGGCUAAUGUGAAGUAAAAGCGGGUGAAAGCAGGAUAAACACACUGAAGUGUCCAGUCAGAUGGUCAGUUAGCCUCUGGGGAGCUCCGGUGGAGUGGGUCUGGUCUGGUUAGGGUUAGGGUCAGUCCCAGGACACAUGAGGAAAAAAGGCGGUUUACGAGAGCAGCUGUUGUUGUUUGAAGGCGUUUGUGUUUGUGUGGUUCAGUGUGAGAGCUGAAGCAGAAGCAGAUCUGCACAGACAUGGAGAUGGAUGCACCAGAGAACCAGGAGGAAGUGGAGCGGGCCAAAGCCUUCUGGGGGUCAGAGGAUGUGGACCAGGUCUUCAAUGGGGUCUUCUCCUACCUGGACUACCUCAAACAUGUCCUGAAGAAGAACAUGGCGUCAGACAAAGAGUACGUCCAAGGCCUGAAGCUGCUGGAGGCUCUGGAUUGGUCGGUGGUGUCUCCUCCCAUUUCCUCCUCGGUCGUUCAGGUGGUCAUCGGCUCAGACAGCCUGUCUCCGGUCCACCUGUCCCCCUGUAGCCCCUCCCCUUCACUGUCUUCGCCUUCACUCCAUCCGUCCAAUGGUUCAGUGGCGUCCCCUGCUGGCCUGGUCCCGGUCCCGGUCCUGGAUGAGCCCCACGUCUGCUGCCCGACGUGCCUGCCCAGUUUACCCAGCAUGCCUCAGUGCACCCCUCUGUUCUGGGGUCAGAACCCUCUGAGGAUCCCGCUGCUCUGCGGCUUCCGGCGGCUCCCAGAGGGGGCGGAGCCUGUCAAGAAAGAGGGCUGCAACGUCACCUACAGAGCGCCGUGUGGGUGGAGCCUCCGUAACCACAACGACGUGAUGAAGUUCCUGUUGGCGACGGACAGCUACGACGUCCUGCAGGUUGACUUCUUCACCUUUAACCCGUCCGUCCGGCUGGACACGCCCCCGGGGCCGGCGGGGCCUCGUCAUCCGGAGCUGGACCUGAGCCGGGGGGCGGAGCCGACGCCAGUGGAGCUGGUCGGCGGCGAAGGGGGGACCCGCCCCGCCGACUUCCGCUACAGGAAAGAGCGCUGGCCGCACGGCUGCUUCCUGAGCCGUGGCGCCGCGCUGUUCAACGUCUGCUGCGACUGCACCGAUGGCUGCAGCGACGCCCAGAGCUGCGCCUGCGUCAACAUGACCACAGGAGGGCGCCACUACCAACACCACAGACUGAGCCAGCCGGUGCCCAGCGGGUUGUAUGAGUGCGGUCCGUGGUGCAGCUGUGACCGCGCUCGCUGUCAGAACCGUCUGGUCCAGCGUGGAAUCAGACUCCGCCUCCAGGUCUUCCACACUGAUGGCCGCGGCUGGGGGGUGCGUUGCCGUGAUGAUGUGGACUGUGGAACAUUUGUGUGUAUUUACGCAGGUGUGAUCCUGCAGCGCAUCCAGAGCCCCCUGGAGGCUCCGCCCCCUAAGCUGACGAGGGCGGACCUUCCUUCAGAUGACGAGGUGGAAGUGGUCACUGAGUGGCUGGCUCCGCCCGUGUUGGAGGGGUGGAGCAACCCGCCUCCCCCCGCAUCUGCGGGCACACCCACUUCUGAGGCCACACCCCCUCUGCACGUCCCGGUCAUCCAGAGACCGCCGGACGCCAACGCAACCACCGCCAACACCUCAGAGCAGGACAAGAUUCAGACGGUGCUGGUGGGCCGUCCUGAACCCUCGUUGCCUUCAGUUAGUUCCACACACACACCAGCUGAUGUGCCUUCACGCAGUGGCCAUCUUGCCGUGACUCCGCCUCUGCGGCGCGGCGCAAACACGGGGAAGGCUGUCGCCGUGACGACCAACGGCACUGAGUCGGACCGGAGUCUGAAGAGGCCGAUGAAGGCGGAGGACGUUUACUUCAUAGACGCCACAAAAGAGGGAAACGUCAGCCGCUUCAUCAACCACAGCUGUGAGCCUAACCUGUUCAUCCAGAACGUCUUCACGGACUCCCAUGACCCCGCCUUCCCCGUCAUCGCCUUCUUCACACGCAGGGCGCUGAAGGCCGGUUCUGAACUCUUCUGGGAUUACUCAGCUGACACUCUUAGCUUCGCCUCCUCGCUGCAGAAACAGGAAGUGCCCUGUCUGUGCCGUAGUGACGGUUGCCGGGGGACGUUCACGGUCGAGGACAACCUGUGUGAGGUCUGCGAGUUCAAAGGUCAAGGGUCGAUGGAGGCGGAGUGACAGACAGGACGGAGGCAGAACGGAGGCGGAGUGAGGGACGGAAACGUACCCCCCCCCCAAAUAUAUGUAGAGGUGACUGUUAUGAUGUCAUCAGCACACGAACAGGUGUGAUGUCAUCAGCUGGAUCCAUGACAACAUCAGAUACAAUACGUGUAAGGGGUGGGGUUUUCGUGAAGGGGCGGGCUUUGUUGUGACUGGCACCAAUUGUUUUGACUUUUUAACGGUUCAUUAAAAACUGAUUAAAACUCACGGCUCUGAGGCUUUUAUUCUGAAAGGCCCCCUGACUUCCUGUUCUAGUGCUCUUAUUCUGAAACUCCUCCUGACU